AUUAAUUUUAUAAUGACAAUAUUCAAACGUAUGUGUAAUAUUUGUGAUUCAAACUAUAGUUUUAUCGUAUUUUUACAUUGCUGAAUUUUAUGUUUUAUAUAUUAAAGUAUUGUAUUUUUAUAUUAUAAUCUAUAUUUGCAUAUACAAUAAUACCGAUUUUUAAAUUUAAAGAACAUGAGUAGAAAAAGUGACUUCAGGGGAUUUAAGCUCCCAACGAAGAUGUUUGACAUUGAUCCAGAGACUGGAAAAAAAAUUCUACUUCCCCUGCAAUUUGAAAAUAGCGACACCAAACAAGGAAUUCCAGUUACAAAGAGCAGUCCAGCAAAGCUUGUACCUAUAGACUUCAACAAACUCAGAGAGGAAAUUGAAGCAGAGGAACGGCAAAGUAAAAAACGAAAAAUAGACGCUCCACAUAGUGCCAAAAGGCUUUUUACUUCGACGUUUCAGCCGAGAGAGACGCUAGCGAAUAAGAGAAAAUCCAAACAGUUGGUAAUACCAAGAAAGAGCAAAGUGUUUCAAAAUCAAAAUCCAUCAUCUCCGUUAUUAAAUAUGGAAGAAGUCGAGGAAGAAAUUUUAACCAAUAAAAAAUCUUUAAACAAAGUUCCUUUUAAACCUGUAUUAAAGCAAAUCACAGAAGAAUUCCAUGCAACACGUGGUGGACACAAAAUAAAAAAACCGGAAAUACGAAUCCCUGAAUUCAAAAUAGAUAAAUCUGAAAAUAUACCUGAACAUAUAAACCCGUCAGACGAAUGUGAAAGAGGCCUAAUGGAAGAUGAACUUAAAUCACCCGAUUCCUCAAGAGAAUUUAAUAAAUUAGAACUAAUGUGCGUAGAUUCCCCAAUAACUAACAUGUGCAACUUAAUGCAAGAUACGGUAAUAAACAGUAUUAAAAAGACAAAACUUAAUAAUAAUUCGCCAAACAAGUCAAAUUUAGUGACAUGCAUUAAUAAUAUACAAGAUAUGAUGCGGAAGGAAGAAAUAAGGCACCAAGAGACCAUGACUCAAUUAAAUAAUGUAUUACUAACUCUAAAGUCUCUAGUACCAGAUGAAAACUUUAAAGAGAAUCAAAACUCAACAGCUAACCGACGUUCUGAAAGGUUAUUAAAAAAGAGCCCGCCCAAAAAUAAGAAGCUCUUGACAUCUCCUGCGAUAUUAAGAAGUGACGAUCUGAGAAAGAGUACCUUAAAAAAGAAUAUGGCUGCUAAAAAUCCCGAUUGCGAAAAAAGUCCCCGAAGUCAAAAAGCGUUGGCACUCUACAACACAAUCCGAUCUAAUAGUUUCGUUUUAGAAACUCCUAGGUCUGACAGAAAAGGUUCCAAUUUGAGUCACAAGAUUCAGACUCAGUGUCUUCUGUUGCAAGAUACUCCAGUGCAUCAUAAAUAAAUUUGACUGAUUAGUACAAUCUCUUAAGAAGCAUCUAUGGUUGUUUUCUGACAUAAACCAAAUAAACUAACAUUUGUAGCGAUUGCUUGAAUUUGUGAAGUAUAAUUAUUUGUUACAGAGAGUUUCCUUCAUCAUCAUCAGUGGUGCUACAUCUCUUUAUGAGCCAAAGCCUUCUUCAGAACAAUUCUCCAUUCGUCCCUGUCUCUGGCAACUCUUCUGUAUGCUCUAAUUCCAAUAGAUUUUAAAUAAUUUUCUAAUUUGUCUUGGUACCUAAGUCUCGGUCUUCCUCUUGCUCAUUGUCUACCUGCCCUUUUCGAUCAAAAACUUUUUUCACUAUGGCAUCUUCCUCUUGUCUGACUACAUGACCUAUCCAUCUAACUAAGACGUGCUACCUUAAUGAAUUUUACAGCAUCAGGUUCUCCAAAACUUCUCUAUAACUCAAAGUUGUAACACCUGCGCCACAAACAUUGUUCUUUUAUCCCUCCAUAUACAGGGUGUAACGAAAAUACAGGUCAUAAAUUUAAUCACAUAUUCUGGGACCAAAAAUAGUUUGAUUGAACCUAACUUACCUUAGUACAAAUGUGCAUAUAAAAAAUGUUACAACCCUUUGAAGUUACAAAAUGAAAAUCGAUUUUUUCCAAUAUAUCGAAAACUAUUAAAGAUUUACAUUUAAAAACAUUUUGUUUAACUAAUGGUAUCGCAGUAAUAGUUUAAUUGGAGCGUACACAAACAUUUGGGGGGUUUAAAGGAACAAAACCCCCAUAAAAUUUGUAUGUAAACAUAUUAAAAAAGAAGCCGCAACUCGAUAAAAACUGCCUUAUCGAAAAAAUACUAAGAGCCAAAAAAGUUUUAAAAAUAUUGAAUUUAACUAAUGGUACCACAAUAAUAAUUUAAUUUGAACGUACAGAAAAGUUUGGGGGGCUUUAAGGGAAGAAAACCCCCAUAAAAUUUUUAUGGGGAGCACAAAUUUUACUAUAAUUUUUCUUUAAGAUGCUCCUGCCGUAAGAAUGCCACAUAUCUAUUUUCAAUAAAAAAUCUCUAAUAGUUUUCGAUAUAUUCGAAAAAAUCGAUUUUCAUUUUGUAACUUCACAGGGCUAUAACUUUUUUUAUGUGCAUAUUUGUACUAAGGUAAGUUAGGUUCAUUCGAACUAUUUUUGGUCCCAGAAUAUGUGAUUUAAUUUAUGACCUGUAUUUUUGUUACACCCUGUAUAUAUUCUUCAUAGAAUUUUUCGCUCAAAACGUUUGAGCAGUUCUGGUUCAUUCUAAGUGCCUAAGUUUGAGCCUAAGUAUAUGAAAGUGUCGACACAUUCCAGUUCUAGGUCCUCAAUUAUUAUUCUUGUAGGUGUCGGGUUGCUUGACCUAGUGCAACACAUAUAUUUGGUCCCAUUCUCUGUGCAGAUGCUCUUAAUAAUUAAAUUAAUAUUUAUUGACGGAAAACUCCAUUUUACAAUUAAAAUUAAAAGUCAAAAUUAAACAUUGAACACAAGUUAACUUACAAUACUUACAAUUAAACUAACGACAUCAAAAAAUUAAAAUCAAACUAAAAUAAUUCACGUGAAAUAGUCCUUUUAAAAGCAUUUAGUGUGACUCCCAUAAAGUCUAUAUUUGGAAACUCAUUUACACUAGAAACAAUUCUAUUUAAAGGCAUAUUUCUGCAUGACGUGUAUUGCACGAUCUAGCGGAUAGCAAGGGACAUCUUCUCAAAUUCCUAGCUGGAACAUAAAAACCUAUUCGACCCAGAAUGCUAGGUGCAACAAUAAUACCAUUUAACACCUUAAAUACGAAAUUAAGGUCAAAGUAUCGCCUGCGAUCCUCUAGACGGUGCAAAUGAAACAUCUGCAUGACCUGACUGGAAUUCAAUUGCAUUCCUCUAGUACCUAAUCUAUACCGCAGAUAUCUAACGAAUUUAUUUUGAAUCGAUUCAAUUCGAUAUUUGUGAUUCUCAUGACUUGGACUCCAAAUCACUGAACAAUACUCUAGUAAUGAACGAACAUAACUCAAAAACAAUCUCACAAUUACAAACAAAUUAUUAAAAUCAUAUGACAUUCUCAUGACUAACCCUAAUGUCCGAUUAGCACGCGCAAUAAUGGCAUCAUAAUGGUCCACGAAACUUAGCUUACUAUCCAGUAACACACCUAAAUCCUUAAUUACCUGAACCCUAGAUAAAUCCACAUCUCCUAUCUUGUAUUUAAAAUCACUGGUGGUCUUAUUACGUGAAAAAAUAAUAUACAUAUGAGCAUUUUGAAGCAUUCAAUCUAAGAUUAUUUUCCUGGCACCAAUGUACUAAAGAAUCCAAGUCUCUCUGCAAACCCUCACAAUCAGAUUCUGACCUAAUGCAUUUAAAUAUCUUUAAGUCGUCUGCAAAUAUCAGAUAUUCAGAUUUAAAGUUCCUACCAAUAUCAUUUACCAACAACAGAAAAAGCUUAGGACCCAAAUGGAAACCCUGCGGAACCCCUGACACGGCUUCAAAUCCAUUAGAAACACAUCCUGCUGAUCUUACUUGCAAUUUUCUUUCUUGCAAAUACGAAGUAAACCAAGCUAAUAAAGAACCAGUGAUACCAAAGUUUCUCAGCUUUAUAAUUAAGACAUUAUGAUCUAGUAGGUCAAAGGCCUUACUGAAAUCGGUAUAUAUAGAGUGCACCUCAUAACCCUCAUCCAUUGCUGUACCUAUACUAUCGAUAUACAAAAAGAGGUUAGUGAGAGUAGAACGUCCUCCUACAAAUCCAUGUUGGUUGUCCGUAAUAAUGUUCCUAAAACAAUUAUCCAAACUUUGCAAAACCAUUUUUUCAAAUACUUUAGAUAAGGCUGACUGAAAACAAACUGGCCGAUAAUUUUUGAUAUCACUAUGAUCUCCUGCCUUGAAAAUAGGACACACAAAGGAAUGUUUCCAUCUGUUCGGGAAAAUUCCCGUCUGGAGAGAUUUAUUAAGAACAUAUACUAAUGGUUCACACAAGGACACUGCACUUUCUCUUAGGAACAAAUUCGGUAUCAAAUCAGGGCCAGCCCCUUUAUUGACAUUUAAUGACAACAACACAUUCAGUAAAUUGUCAAAAGUGACUUCGAGGUUACUAAUUUUCACCUCCAGCUGUUGUGAGAAAAUUUCAUUACUCUCCAGGUUAUCCAGAGAUUUACCAUUAAAAGUGCUGUAUACAGUACCAAAAUGUUUCGCAAACAACUCUGUUAUUUUUUGUUUGUCAUUCUCACUUUCCUCACCUAGAAACAUAGAGCCAGGGAGAGCACCAUGUCCGUUGGUUUUAUUUUUGAUGAACUUCCAAAAUUCACCAGCGUUCUCAUUUAUUCUCACUUCCAUCUUUGAAACGUAAGCAUUGUAAGACUGCUCAGUAGUCUGCUUUGUAGUUUUAUCUUUUUGGCAAUGACUUUACUCUUAAGUUCAGAUGAGAACCAGACAGGAAAAUUUCAUCUUUUUACAGAUAUCUUUGGUACAAAAAGUUCAAUUGCGUUCCAAAUAAUGGAAUAAAAAGCAUCUAAAAUGUCAUUUACAUCCUCUAAACAGUACAACUCAAUCCAAUUGAUCUGAAGCAAAUAAUUAUUCAAGGCACCAUAAUCCGCCUUGUGAAAGUUAUAAUAAAUAUUAGUUUCCAAAUUGAUAUAUUGAUUAUCAAAUAAUAUUAAUGCUUCAAGUGAGGGAUGAUACCUGUCACACGUCAUUAAAGCUUCCGCUUUUUUAAAUUUAAAUAAGUAUCAGAGAAACACAGAUCAAGAAUUGAGUCAUACUGGUUUUUAAAAUAAUUAUAUUGACCUAAUCCUAAAAAAUAUAACUCGUCACAAAACAAAAUUUCAUUAUCAUUACUUAUAUUUUUAGCAGUCGUCUCACCGUCCCAUAUCAGAUUUGGUAGAUUAUAAUCCCCAAAUAAUACUAGUUUAGAAUCUUUAUACUUAUUCAUAAUUAGUUUUACAGUAUCAAUGUGAUUGGAAUAAACAUCCAAUCUAGAUCUGGGCGGAAUGUAGACACAGCCAAAAACAUAUUUAAUGCAAUUAAUAGUAAUUCCAGCAAAAACCUUUUCUACAUUUGAACUGGCAAUUUCCACUAGACAAGAACUGAUAUCACUUCUAACUGCAAUUAACACUUCACCUCCUCUUGAUUUCUCGCUGGAAAUAUGAUCACGGUCCCGACGGUAUACGGUAUAUAAAUCACAGAAAACUUCAUUACUUUUAAUUUCAGGACCAAGCCAACUCUCUGUUAGGAAAAUAACGUCAUAUGUAGCUGAAUAAUAAUAAUAAUAGCUAAUAAUAAUAAUAUGUAAGCACUACGAGCCUAGUAGGCUCAUGGCUUGAUGUACUACUAUUCUUUUCCACUCCCUUUUGUCAGUCGCUUUUCUUUCCGAGUUCUUUACGUUAAGUCUUCUCAUAUCUUCUCUAACUCCAUUACUCCAUCGUGACCUCGGUCUUCCUCUUCGCCUUUUCCCUGCCAAUGCACUAGAUAGUACCAUUUUGGGAAUUCUAGAUGGAAUCAUCCUCUGUACAUGGCCCAACCAUCUAAGUCUUUGCGCCUUAAUUACUGCUAAUAUGUUAGGAUCUUGGUAGAGCUCAGUUAGUUCCUUAUUUGUUCUUCUUACCCAUUGUCCAUUUAAGUUUUUCCCACCGAAGAUUUUGCGCAGUAUUUUCCUCUCCCAAACUAAUAACAACUCUUGGUGUUUUUUUGUUGUGACCCAUGUUUCAGAAGCAUACGUUACUAUCGGCCUUAUUACGGUCUUGUAAGUUCUUAGUUUUGCAUUUCGUGAUAUAUUUUUACUGCUUAACAACCCAUUAAGAGCAAAUAUAGCGCGGUUGCCAGACGUAAUUCUUUUUUGUAUUCCUUCUUCACAGUUAGGAUCUCUUGUGAAGACAGUUCCUAAGUACUCAAAUCUUUCAACUUCUUCGAAUUUAUACUGUGUUCCCUUGGCUGUUGUCAUUGUUAUGUAUUAUCCCCGAACGAUUUGCUUAUUUGUCUAUUCCAUAUACUUUGUUUUUGCUUCAUUUAUAUACAAUCCUUUGGUUGCUGUCCUCUCCUCGAGUUUCACGACUGUUUCUGUAAGUUCUAAUUUGCUCCUAGCCAAGAUUACCAAAUCGUCCGCGAAUGCCAAGCACUGAUGUUUUUUGUGGUAGAUCAGACCUGUUCUUUUAAUGUUUGCUUCCUGUAUAGCCUUUUCUAGUAAUAUGCUAAACAUUAUAGACGAUACUGGAUCACCCUGCCGCACUCCUUGUUUGACCUCAAAGCUUUCUGUUAUAGUAUUGUUUAUCUUGAUUUUAUUCAUUGUUCUUUAGUGAGUUAAUUUUAUAAUUCUAAUAAGCUUUGGACAAAAGUCCAUGUCUUACAAUGCUGUGAAUAAUUCGCUUCUUUUGACUCGAUCGAAAGCCUGUGUAAAGUCAAUGAAAAGAACCAUGGUGUUUUUAUUAUAUUCCUAACUUUCAGCCUGUAUUUCUCGCAGUGUGAAGACCUGAUCCACAGUACUUCUGCCUGUUCUGAACCCACAUUGAUAUUCUCUUAUGCUUCAGUCAGAGAUUCUGUGUACUAUUCUGAUAGUACUAUUCUUAUUAAUCUGGAACUCUCGAACUAUUUUUUCUAAUGCCGUGUUAAAUAAGAGGCACGAUAGUCACCUUAGUCAGAGAGGUUUCUUAAGGUAUUUAUAUUGUAAAAAAAGGGAAUUGAAAAGUUAAAUACACUGCCGAGCAUAUACUUGGGGUCACUCCGUAAUUUGAGUUAAUUUUAGAAAUUAUUAUUCUCUUUUAAACGUUUUCGGUUGUAACACAGUUUGUUAAGGACAUGGGCGCAAAAUGUCGCCUGUCAAAAUGUUCAAUGUGUUUUAAAUGUAUUAAUUUUUUUUGAAUCCUGAAAAAACUAUGUAAAAAUAUGUUUAAAAAAUUUAAACGCAUAGUCAAAUAUUACAUUAUUACUGAGGACCGAAAGUCCGUGAUAACUUCUAUAAUGUUUAUUUUAGUAAGUUACAGGGGUGAAAAUAUUAGAGAAAAUUUAGUGUGAUUUUUAAUUGCAAAUAUCUCAUUCAAAAGAAACUUUUUAUUUAUUCUAAGGGACUUUCGGCCCUGGGUAAUAAAAUAAUCUUCCAUUCUGCGUUUAAAUGUUUUAAAAAUACUUAUUAGUUUUCUUAGGAUUCGAAAAAAAUGAAUACAUUUAAAAUACAUUGAAAAUUUUGACAGGCGUCAAAAUUUUGCAUUUUGCGCCUUUCCCCUUAACGAAUUGCUUACCUAAAGAAAACAAUGUUUUAUCAUUCAAAGUUAAUAGAAAGUAAUGAAAAUGAACAAUUUUCCUUUGAUUAUACAAAAACUUGAAAAGAGGCAAUACUUGUUGAAACCAAAGAAAUUUUAAGAACAUCAUUAGCUAGUAUUACCUCCUCUGGCAGUGGUAACAGCUUGCAAAUGACGCGAGACAUGUUUUGAAUCAGAUUACAUUCUGCGAAAGAUUGUUCCAUUUCUGCAACAAUAUGUCGCAAAGCUUUUUUGAAUUACUGGAGGUUUGCAUAUGACUCUGUAGGUUCUAGGUCAAUUGCUCGAAAAGGAAUUGCUCGACAUGAAAAUUGCUCGAAAUACAAAUUGGUCGAAUAAAGUAGAAAAUUAUAUAUUUAUCCAAGUAUUUAUUCACAACAAUGCAAAAUAUAUACCUAAAUAUACAAAGGAAAGAUACUUUUAAUAUGACAAAUUAUGUAAUAUUCCAUGUAGGCAGGUUCAUAAUCACAUAAAUAUAAUUUUUUGUUCAUAAUUGUUUAUUAAACGCAAUAGCCUAUCAGCACUUAUUUGCAUUUUGGAAUCCGCGAUACCAAUUUUCGAUCAAAUUAAGGCAAUCAUUUUAAUCCUUCUUUAAUACCUGGAAAUUAACAUACUCCCUAUAUCAUAAUUAGACUAAAUCAAAAUGGUUAUUUUUCCUUUUAUUUCCAAAGUUCAAAGAUAUUUUAGAUGUGUUAUAAAUAUUUUUUCAAAUUACUAUUCGAUUAUGUACAUUAUACGUAGAAUAUGACAUAAUUUGUCCUAUUUAAAAUAUCUUUCUUAUGUCUAUAUUUUGUAUUAUUAUGAAUAACUAUUUAGAUAUAUAAUUCUCUUUUUUAUUCGAGCAAUUUGUAUUUCGAGCCAUUUUCAUAUCGAGAAAUUCAUUUUCGAGCAAUUGAUCGGUUACCGACUCUAUAAACGUCUCUUCAUCUCAUCCCAAACAUGUUCUAUAUUCUAUAUCUAUGGGAUUGAUAUCUGGUCUGCGAGCGGGCUUGCAGGCCAGUACGGCCACAGCACAGUAUAAAGAGGCACAGUAGAACCACUCUCCGAAAAAAUGGGAAGUAAAAUCUGUAGUCGCGCAUGGCGACCGCGCAAUGUUGGCAGUCGCUUUUGCCCCACUCUCGCAUUGCUAUUCGCAUAGAAACGUACGGCUUUUAACAGGAAAAACCCGCAUCCACCACUGGUGAAUUACCAAUUGCGUACUGCCGGUAUUACUUCCUGAGAUCAAAGCGCCGACAGAAGAGUGAUUUUACUGUGGAACCUCUAUAUACUGUAGCCACAGUAUAACGCUAACGAACCAGUAGGGUCACUUCGUGAAAAUCCUUUGUUCUCUAUGUUCGAUUUUGGCAACGGCGCAUAAAAAUUUUUAUUCUUUCGCGCAUAGGACUGACAGCUAACGGCAUCCUACGUUUGCCGUGAUUGGUCGUUAUCGUGCACGGCUUUGAGAGCACAAGUACAUCUAAAAUAAAUAUUUGGAUACUACAAAAAAUUUAUUGCAAUUUAUUUGACCACCUUACGGAAUAAAGCUUUGAGUUUUAAAUAUUUGUAGAAUCCUUAACCAUUUAAUGACAACUUAGAUUACUUUUGUUUUACCUACGAGGAUAUUUGCUGUAAUAAAUAAUGAUAUUUUAUACUUUCAUUAUAAAAUGUUUAAGACCUGACAAAGUCUACUUGUAUAUAUGUUUUUAUCUAUAUGUAUUUCUAUUUAUGUUUGAUAUAAUAUAUUAUAAAUUAUU